AUGCCGCCGCCGCCGCCGCCGCCGCCGUCUCCGCCGCAACAGCGUGUACCAGCAAGACUUUCCGCCCGCUACGAUCUCCAAAGAGCUGGACGGCCUAAUACGGGGGAGGGGUCUGCGCCGCCGCCGCCGCAAUAUCCUUUACCAGCAAGACUUGCCCACCGCUACAACCCGAGAGCCCGACCGCCUGCGCCGCGAUACACUCUACCAGAAAGACUUGCCCACCGCCAUGAGCGCCCGAGAGCUGGAUGGCCUGAUGCGGGACGUCUUGAUGCGGAAGAGGAAGAGGAGUAUACGCUGCCGCCGCCGCUGCCGCCGCCACCGCCGAGAAGUACGUUCGGCUUCACCGCCACCCAACAGAACCAAAAGCAGGAGCGCCGGCAGAAGCCACAUAAGCCAGUGAAGCCACCUCCCUCGCCGGAACCGGUGCCAAAGCUAGCUACCCCGGUGCGCGAGCAAGAGCCGAGUUCUCCGCCAAGUUCGCAGCCUUCGACAUCACUAGCUUCGCCACCUCACGCUGCACAGAGUUGCAAACAGCAAGACACACCUGCGAGUGGAAAGCCACGCCGGUCGAUUGCGGUACGGGGCUCCGCUCGGCACCGGGGCAAGAAUGUAAUGACUCAAGGUCAUACGGCGGAUCCCGAACUACGACCGCAGGCCUCGCAGCUUAACCCCACUCCUGCUCCUACCGCAGAUCGGCGGAGAACUCCAAGCCCGCUGCUCGUAGUCAUCGAGCGUCGUAUCUUGAGCCGUCAACGUGGCGCUACUGCGUCUAAUUCCGACGCACAUCCGGCCCCGCAGUCCUCGGCGCGGAAGGCUCUCGUCCAGGCGUUCUAUUCCAAGGGGUCGAAGGAAUCCACUCCUUCAAGGCUCUCUGAAGGCGAAAGGCUUAGACCACCUCCAGCGGCAGGGAACAAGCGUGCUGCCACUGAGCAGUCGACGGGUGAUGAGAAGGAGGACGAUUGCGAGGAAACGGCAGGUCCGAUGCGUAGGUCGAAGAGAGCGCACCGCUAG